CCCUCAAAAUUAUGUAGUGUUGAAGUGGGAGGGGCAGAAGAUGGCUUUCGUCAAUAAGAUGAUAAGUAUAAUGUUAUGUAAUUAGUUAUUAUCCUUACACUAUAUACCGAUUGCAUAUUAAAUAUGAUACACUGAUAAUGUGAUUGAUCAAAUUUGACCAAAGAACUAGAAUUUCUUGUCACAAGGCCAAGAUCUUGGUCUCUGACUAUAGUUUCUGCAGCUGUACAACAGUGAUCAUUAUCCUUAAUCCUUGGAGAAGUUUCUACUUAGUAUUGUGGGAGAAACAGAACCAGUAUGUUUCUUUUGUGUCUUUAGCUCUUCAUCAAUUCUCGGACAACAACCUAUUUUUAAGAACCAGUUAUCCUAAUUUUUGCACCACAGCGGUUUCUCUUCAACCAACCAAUUCCUUCAAACAAGGAGAAAUAGCCUUUCCUCCUACAAACCAUGUACAAUCAUCACCACUCAUUUCUGCAUGUAUUAAAUCAUCGAUUACCACCUUCUACUUUGCAGAACUCAAAAGACAUUUCAGAGUUUCAACCCUGAUGGGUAUUAGUGUAGUAAAGAUCUCUCUCUUUUCUUUCUCUCUCCUGUUCCACAGUGCCGUUGCCUUCAACAUUACCCAAGUUCUCAGCCAGUAUGCAUCCUUCUCCACCUUCAACAGCUUCCUCACUCUGACCAACCUGGCAUCCGAGAUCAACAGCCGCCAAUCGAUCACAGUCCUCGUGGUUGAGAACAACAACUUAUCCCCACUUUCUGGGAAGUCCUCGGAUGUCCUAAAGAAAAUUAUGAGUGUGCAUGUGAUCCUAGAUUACUUUGAUGUCCCCAAGCUCCAGAAACUAUCGAACAAAUCCACUAUUGUCACCACGCUGUUCCAGACUACUGGUUUGGCCAAAGGCCAGCAGGGGUUUGUAAAUGUAACACAGUUAAGCAGUGACAGUAUUGCAUUUGGCUCAGCAGUGCCGGGGUCGACGAUUAGUUCCAAUCUCGUUAAGUCUGUUGUUUCACAGCCUUACAAUUUUUCAGUGCUACAAGUGACUAAUGUGAUCAUACCAGAAGGGAUUGACGGAGCUUCGAAUUCUAACUCCUCAACAUCUCCAUCACCGUCGUCUAGCCCCAGAGCGUCCACUGCACCAUCCAUGGCCCCCGGUGCAUCCCCCAACUUGUCUCCAACAAUAUCACAAUCUACGGCCCCAGCAACCUCGAUCUCCCCCUCAUCUUCAAAUGCCCCUUCUCAGGCUCCUACGCUUGCUGCAACGCCAGGUUCAGCUCCUAUCCCAAGUGCUGCACCAACUGCCAAUGCACCAGUUACAGAUGCUCCAUCUGCGGGUGUACCAUCCGCGAAUGUUCCAGCGCCAGAUACGCCAGUGGCAAGUACACCAGUGACAAAUGGUCCAGCAGCUGAUACACAACCAGCGGACAAUUCUCAAAGUGCAGACAAAGCUCUCCACAGUGGUCUUGCUUCGGUACUUACAAUUGCGUUAUCCAGUCUUUGCCUUGCAUCAAGAAUCUGACAAGGAGCUAGUAUCAAGUGUUCAUAACAUUUUAGAUUUCUAUUUUUUUAGAUCAGUUUUAAGUUUUUUAGAAAUUUUGUUACAUGGAUAUGCAGCCCUCAACUAGAGGGUUGGACAGGGCUGUUAGAUUGAUUCUUUGGUACUAAUGACAAUCAUUUAAUUUCUCUCAA